AUCUGUCAAAAUAUCAAACACCAACUAUUUUUGCAUUGUUCAUAUAAGUAGACCAUCAACCACACCACAUACAGGGUGGUGGAAUAACCAUAAUCUUUUACAAAGAAAUCCACCACCCUCUACAACCAUGCUUCCCCCCAGCCUUCUCCUCCUCCUCACCACCCUCCUCCACCUCUUCAUCUCUACCGCCGCGCUCGGUGUCAACUAUGGAACUAUCGCGGAUAAUCUCCCAUCGCCCACCCAAGUUGCCAACUUCAUCAAAACCCAAACCAUUUUCGACAGCGUGAAGAUCUUCGACACCAACCCGGAUAUCCUCCGAGCUUUUGCCAACACCGGAAUCUCAAUGACCGUCACCGUCGGCAAUGGAGAUAUCCCUGCUCUUGCCAAUACCCGCAACGCGCGCAGAUGGGUUGCUAACAACAUAAAGCCGUUUUAUCCCCAAACAAAUAUCAAAUACAUUUGUGUUGGUAAUGAAAUUUUAUUCUCUAACAAUCAGGAUUUGAUUAACAAUCUUGUCCCCGCACUGAGGAGUCUCCACAAUGCUUUGGCCAAAGCUGGAUUCGGGAAUAUCAAGGUCACAACCGCUCAUGCUCUCAACAUAUUCCAAGGAAUAACCGUAAUACCGAGUUUGGCCCGGUUCAGGGCCGAUUAUGCCCGAAGCUUUUUCUUGCCGUUACUGCAGUUUCACCGGCGAACCAAAUCGCCUUUCAUGAUCAAUCCUUAUCCAUACUUCACGAUUUCACCGAAAACAUUAAACUUCGCUAUUUACAAGCUGCGCAGAGGCGUCAUAGACAGACACAGCGGAAAACUGUACACGAAUAUGCUCGAUCAGCUCCUGGACAGCACUUAUUCCGCCAUGAAUGCGGUCGGAUACGGCGACGUGGACAUUGUCAUUGGCGAGACGGGUUGGCCGUCACAAGGCGACCCCAGCAACGUCGCCAACAUUGACAACGCAAUGUCCUACAAUGGGAAUUUGAUCAGGGAGCUUCUCGCGGGAAAGGGUACACCCCUGAUGCCGAACCGCCGGUUUGAGGCAUACAUCUUCGCUCUGUUUAACGAGAACCAAAAACCAGGCCCGGUUGCGGAGAGGAACUGGGGAUUGUUUUGGCCAAAUUUCGCCCCCGUCUACAACUCCGGAGUCUUGCGCAAUGGCGCCCAGACCGUGCCUACGCCAGCGGUUCCGGCUCCGGCAACAGGAAAACAAUUUUGUGUCCCAAAACAGGGCAUCAGCGAUGGGCAGUUGCAGUCAAACAUAGAUUAUAUUUGUGCACAGGGUGUAGAUUGCUCGCCCAUUAAUCCUGGUGGGGGCUGCACGUACCCCAAUAACAUUAGGGACCGUGCCACGUUUGCCAUGAAUUCUUACUACCGAACCAGAGGUCAGACUUUCAAUGAGUGUAAUUUUGGCGGGACCGGUCAACUCACAACCGUUGAUCCAAGCCAUGGUAGCUGCCAAUUUCUGUAAAUUGAAAGAAAGUCCGGGAUCGGAGAGGUCCCGUCUACAACUCCGGUCUCCGGAGGAGCAUGACCGACUACAAGUGGCAAAUCUUUUCCAAUGAACUGUAAAAAUUGCU